GUUUGUUGCAUAUAUAGAGUAAGGUGUUUUCAGAAUAGAGAGUGUACCUUCUGAUAUGGCGAAAAAGAAAGGAAUGUUUCAUUUUGCAGAUGGCAUAGAUAAGCUUCUUUUGUUAUUUGGUACCUUAGGCUGCAUUGGAGAUGGGUUGAUGUCUCCUCUUACGAUGAUAAUCCUUAGCGAUAUCAUCAACGAUUUCGGAGGCAAUGGUCUGUCUUUUUCCAAUGAUGUGGUGAACAAGUAUGCACUGAAGCUGCUCGUCCUAGCUGUUGGCGUUGGAGUAGCGGGUUUCAUUGAAGGAAUUUGCUGGACAAGAACAGCUGAAAGACAAAUAUCACGUCUAAGGAUGGAAUACCUGAAAUCCGUACUCAGGCAAGAAGUCGGUUUCUUUGACAGACAAGUUGGCUCUUCCACCAAUUUCGAAGUUAUCUCAGCCAUUUCUGGUGAUGCUCAAUUGAUUCAGGACGUUAUGGCUGAAAAGAUACCCAACUGUGUGGCUCAGCUGUCAUCACUAGUAUUCAGCAUCGUAGUGAGUUUCAUACUUUCAUGGCGACUUGCAGUGGCUUCUAUUCCUUUUGCACUUCUGUUUAUCGUUCCUGUGUUAAGCAUCGGGGUUUUCCUAAAAGCUCUAGGGAUGAAGAUGAAGGAUGCUUAUGAUAUAGGUGGGGGGGUUGCAGAGCAGGCAAUAUCAUCAAUCCGAACUGUCUAUUCUUAUGUUGGAGAACAGCAAACAAUUGAUAAGUUCAGCAAUGCACUUCAGACAAGUAUGGCACUAGGGAUAAAGCAAGGAUUUACAAAGGGUUUGAUGAUCGGGAGCAUGGGUAUGGUUUUCGCGGCCUGGGCAUUUGUAUUUUGGGUCGGAGGCUAUCUUGUCACUGAAAAAGGAGAAUCUGGUGGCCGUGUAUUCAUUUCAGCAAUCUGUGUCAUCAUGGCGGGGCUGGCGGCCAUGAGUGCACUGCCUAACGUAACAUUUAUUUCAGAGGCGAUAGCCGCUACUGAAAGAAUGUUUAAGAUGAUUUCCCGAGCUCCGCUCAUAAAUCCUGAUGAUAGUAAGGGGAAAACGCUACCAUCUGUGAGGGGAGACAUUGAAUUCAGGAGUGUUGACUUCUCAUACCCAUCGAGACCAGAUACUCCAAUCCUUCAAGAACUCAGCCUCAAAGUGAAAGCCGGCAAGACAAUAGGUCUUGUGGGCGGCAGCGGAUCAGGGAAGUCGACGAUUAUUUCCUUACUUGAAAGAUUUUAUGACCCUGUGAGAGGAGAUAUCCUUCUCGAUGGACACAGAAUAAAGAGGCUUCAGCUUAAAUGGUUAAGGUCUCAGAUGGGAUUAGUGAAUCAAGAGCCAGUACUCUUUGCAACAUCAAUCAAGGAAAACAUACUUUUUGGGAAGGAAGGAGUUUCGGAUGAUCUUGUUGAGAAUGCAGCUAAAGCAGCAAACGCACACAAUUUCAUCAUCAAGUUACCCGACGCUUAUGAAACACAAGUUGGGCAAUUUGGGAUUCAAUUAUCUGGUGGGCAAAAGCAAAGAAUAGCGAUAGCAAGAGCUCUGCUCAAAGAACCAAGAAUCUUAUUGUUGGAUGAAGCAACAAGUGCGUUAGAUACAGAAUCGGAAAGGGUUGUUCAAGAGGCUCUAGACCAGGCUUCGGUAGGAAGAACAACAAUCAUAGUUGCCCAUCGCCUUACAACAGUCCGUAAAGCGGAUAAAAUUGUGGUUCUCCAAUCAGGGAAGGUUAUUGAAUCUGGUUCACACGAGGAGUUAAUGCAAAAGAACGAUCAAGAAGAAGGUGGUGCCUACUACCAAAUGGUGCAGUUGCAGCAAUCAGCAAAGCAGAAUGAAUCAGGAUCCCCUGAUUCUCCAUAUACACCAACCGGACAAAGAACCCAUGAAAGAAAUUUCAAUCCCCAGACAACCCGGAGUCCGAAUAGUGCAAGAUCAAGCUUGCAGAACAGUCCAAUGUCCCCAUUCAGUAUGGCUCAUUCUUAUGAAGAAAGUGAUGAGAAAAUAUAUAAUUCUAGUCCUUCACAGUGGCGUCUCUUGAAAAUGAACGCUCCUGAGUGGGGACGAGCAUUUCUUGGGUGCCUAGGAGCAACUGGUUUUGGGGCUAUAUCACCAAUACACGCGUAUUGCUUGGGAUCAGUUGUCUCAGUAUACUUCUUGCCCGAUAAGAACAAAGUGAAAUCAGAGACAACGCUUUACUGCGUAAUCUUUGUAGGACUUGGAGUCGCUUGCUUCUUUACCAACCUACUCCAACACUAUAACUUCGCAGUUAUGGGGGAGCGUUUAACCAAGAGGGUGAGAGAAAAAGUGCUUCAAAACGUCCUCACGUUUGAAGUCGGAUGGUUUGAUAAAGAUGAGAACACGAGUGCAGCAGUUUGUGCACGACUUGCAACUGAAGCUAGCUUGAUAAGGUCCCUCGUUGGAGAUCGCAUAUCGUUGCUCCUUCAAGUCUUUGUCAGCGCGUUUCUUGCUUUUAUAUUUGCAAUGAUAAUCACUUGGAGAAUUGCCAUUGUCAUGAUUUCAAUGCAGCCUUUGCUCAUAGCAAGCUUCUACUCCAAGAUAACACUCAUGAAAAGCAUGUCUGCAAAAGCCAAAAAGGCACAGAAUGAAGGAACCCAACUAGCAAGUGAAGCAGUAGUGAAUCAUAGAACAAUCACUGCCUUUGCUUCUCAAGAAAGAAUCAUGGGACUAUAUGCAGCAACACAGAAAGGACCACGGAAGGAAUCCAUUAAACAGUCAUGGUUUUCGGGUAUGGGCUUGUUCACUUCCCAAUUUGUGACAACAGCUGCAAUAUCGUUGGCAUUUUGGUAUGGUGGAAGAGAAAUGAAUAAAGGAUUGGUAACCUCAAAACAGAUGUUCCAGGUUUUCUUCAUCUUGAUGACCACUGGCAAGAACAUUGCAGAUGCAGGAAGCAUGAGUUCUGAUUUAUCUAAAGGUGGAGGUGCAGUUAGGUCGGUGUUAGCAGUACUAGACAGGAAAACGGAGAUCGACCCAGAUGACUCUGAAAGUUUAACAGUUAGCGGAAUCAACGGCCAAAUAGAGCUGAUGAAUGUACACUUCUCCUACCCAUCAAGGCCUGAGCAAAUGAUAUUUCAGGGAUUGCAUUUAAAGAUCGAAGCAGGAAAAACAGUAGCACUUGUGGGUCAGAGUGGUUCAGGUAAAUCCACCAUCAUAGGAUUGAUAGAAAGAUUCUAUGACCCAAUAAAAGGAUGUAUACUCAUCGACGAACGAGACAUAAAAAACUACAAUCUGAGGCACUUGAGAUCACAUAUUGCGCUAGUGAGCCAAGAACCAACUCUUUUCGCAGGAAGUAUUCGCCAUAACAUCGUCUAUGGCAAGGAGGAAGCUAGUGAAGCUGAAAUAAUGAAAGCAGCAGAGCUUGCAAAUGCCCAUGAGUUUAUAAGUUCCAUGAAAGAUGGAUACGAAACUUACUGUGGAGAAAGAGGGGUGCAACUAUCAGGAGGCCAGAAGCAGAGAGUUGCACUUGCUCGAGCAAUACUCAAGAAUCCAGCAAUUCUUUUGUUAGAUGAGGCCACUAGUGCGCUUGAUAGCGCGUCCGAGAAUCUGGUGCAAGAAGCAUUGGAGAAGAUGAUGGUUGGCAGGACUUGUGUAGUAGUUGCACAUCGAUUAUCAACCAUACAGAAAUCUGAUUCCAUAGCUGUGAUUGGAAAUGGAAAAGUUGUAGAGCAAGGAUCACACUCUGAACUGCUUUCAAUGGGGAAUAAAGGUUCCUACCACUCUCUCAUAAAGCUGCAACACCUAUGAGUCACUAAAAAGCUUGUAAAUCAUAUAUUUAAGUUCCUGUACACAAGGACACAGAUUGCUCUACAAUUAAUGAUUGGCAUUCUUACACAGAUCGCACUAAAUGGUGAACUUUUCAGUUUCUUUUUUAGCUUUAUUCAUGGCAUCAGAAGAAUCAAGAACCCCAUUGCUUUUCAGCUCAUUAGACAUAGACAUGAAGCACAAGUUGCAACUUUGAUGACAUGAAUGAUGAACCCAAUAUUCUCAAAGAUUCCCAC